CAUCCAAUUUAGGAAACUGAGAGAAAAUGCAUAGAUCAGCAAGUUGGAGUCGAUAUUCCGAAGACUAUUUCAAGCAAUUCACAGCAUAUCAAUCACCUGGAGGGCUGAAAUUUUCUUCAUCGACCACAGAUGACACCAAUCUACCAAUAUAUGAUCCUGUGGUAGAGUUAACGAAGAAGGAGAAGGCUCGCAUUAGAUUUGCUGAGAAUGCAGUGCACAUUAUUCCUUUUGUGCUCUUUGCUUGUGCCAUCGUUCUUUGGAUUUUCUCAAAUCCAUCAGCAGCAGGAGGACGAUGAGAUGCUCGUUCCGCACUCCGACUUUCCAGAGGGUCCUCAACCGAUGGAUGUUGUCCAAGCGGAAAACAUGAGUGCACGGAGAUUAACUUGGACCGUUUACAAUUUUUCCAGGCUUACAAAUAAACUCUGUUCUGACAGUUUCGAUGUUGGGGAUUGCAAAUGGCGGAUACUUGUACUCCCAAAAGGGAUCAAUGCUACUGGUCAUUUGUCGAUGUAUCUGGAUGUUGUGGAUUCAUCAACACUUCCAUAUGGGUGGAGUAGAUAUGCUCAGUUCAGCUUGACCAUUGUUAAUCAAAUUCUUUAUAAAUACUCAAUCAGAAAAGGUAAAAUGUGCAAGCUUCAAGCUAUGCCUCCUAAUACCCUACAAGUAGUGCAACCAAAGAGGGUGGAAAUUAAGGAUUUUUCCACUAACCAAGUAUUUUAGCUGCAAGUAAUACCAAAGGGACUUGAGAAGAUGGAAGUUUUGGCUGUACAGACCUGUGCAGAAAUUUCAGAGGAGAUUAAUUCUACAUUGCAAGGGUUUUUUGAUCUUUUUGAAGCACCCAAGGGAUUACCACCUUUUUGUAAAGGGCAUGAUCACUCUGUUGUCCUUCAAGAAGGCACCAAUCCUGUAAAUUUCAAGCCCUAUAGACAUCUCUCAGCUCAAAAAGACAUUAUUGAAGGAUUAGUCAGGGACUUACUACAAACUAAGGUAAUACAACAGAGUUCUACUCCAUUUUCUGCUCCAAUUGUUUUAGGUAAAAAGAAUGAUGGUACUUGGAAGAUGUGUAUAGAUUAUAGGGAAUUGAAUAAAAAGACAAUGAAGAACCAAUACCUUAUUUCCUUAGUGGAAGACCUCUUUGAUGAGUUAAGUGUUGCAAAAUGGUUUACAAAAUUGGACUUGAGAGCUGGUUAUCAUCAAAUCCGAAUGGUGCUUCAAGAUGUUUCAAAGGCUGCUUUUAAGACACACAGUAGGCAUUAUGAAUGGUUAGUUAUGCCAUUUAGUCUAACUAAUGCUCCGGCAACUUUUCAAGGGGCUAUGAAUAGUAUAUUCCGUCCUUAUUUGUGGAAGUUUGUGUUAGUUUUUUUUUUAAUGAUGUAUUAAUCUAUAGUUCUAACCUUCUGUGCUAAUGUAUGUGUUGGGAACAGCCCAAACAGUGGAGUAAGUGGUUGUCUUAUGUAGAAUGGUGGAAUAAUACCACUUUUCACACAGCAACUAAGGCUACUCCCUACAAGCUUCUAUGUGGUCAGAAAUCUCCUCUCCAUUCUCCUUAUUUACCUCAUAAUAGUGUGUUAGAUGCUGUGGACAGGUCAUUUACAGCAAGAGAAGACAUGGUAGCUGUUCUCAAACAUCAUCUUCAUUGAGCUGUGAAUAUGAUGAAGCAAAAGGCAGAUUCACACAAAUCUGAUCGUGAAUUUGCAGUGGGACAAUGGGUUUUCUUAAAGUUACAGCCAUAUGGACAACUUUCUGCAGCUUCUAGGAGUACUAAAAAAUUAGCUCCUACAUAUUUUGGUCCUUACAAGGUGAUUCAAAGAAUUGGAGCAAUGGCGUGCAACUUAGAACUACCACCAGAUUCCAGAAUACACAUACCUUUUCACGUGUCUCUAUUGAAGCUGUGUCCUAAUUCCAAAGUCAAGCAGAAGCAUCCACCUCUCGACUGGCCUGAGGUACCUCUAGUUUUAGAACCUGAAUGCAUUUUACGGAAGAGAGUUGGUCAGAAAAGGAGGAGGAUAAUUACUGAAAUUUUGGUCAAGUGGAAGCAGUUACCAGAGGAGGAAGCAUCUUGGACAGCUUUGCAUCAAUUCCAAUGACAGUUUCCCCAGUUUUUCAUCACCGAUCCUUGAGGGCAAUGAUCUUUUUGAGGGGGGUAUUGUUAUAAAUUUGUAAUUAGGAUAUGAUUAGUUAUAAAUUUUAGUAUAUUAGUUAGUUAAAUAUAGCUGUUGGGAAGGGAUGGCUCGAAGGUCUAUAUAUAGGCCAAUGAUUGUAUUUUGAUGGUUAUGAUUAGAAAGGACGUAUCAUUUAGAAACCCCUUCUACCUCUCAAUUUCUCUCAACCUCUUCUCUUUAAUCUCUCAUUCCUCUUUGCUCUUCCUACCUUCCUGUUCUUCUCUCAUCUUUUCCCGGAUCUCUCUCUAAUUUCUAUCAAUCCAAAUUAUUCCUACGCAUCAAGAAGUUUAGAUAUUUGGGAGCAAUUAGUGAAAUUGAUAGAGAUGUUGCAUAUAGAAUACGAGCUAGAUAGUUUGAAUGGAGAAAAGUUAAAUGAGUUAUUUGUGAUCGAAAGUUACCUAACAAACUUAAAAGUUUUAUCGAACUGCUACAAGAUUAGCUAUGUCAUAUGAUAGUGAAGGUUGGGUUUUAAAGGGACGAUAAGAUUAUAAAGUUGAAGUAGCCGAGAUGAGAAUGUUGAGAUAAAUGUGUGGGCAUACAUGAAAACAUAAAAUUCAAUAUGAGCAUAUACAAGAAAUGGUAAGCAUGGCAUCUAUUAAGGGAAAAAUGAUAGAAAAUUAUUUGAGAUGUUUUAGAUAUGUAUAGAGAAAGUUGUGGGAGGCAUUGGUAAGGAGAGUGAAACAGAUAACCUUGAGUUCUAUAAAGAGGGGUAGGGGAAAACUAAAAAGAAAACUUAUACAAAUUGUUGAAUGAGACCUCUUGAUUAACAAUAUUCUUAAGAACUUAGUUGAUAAUAGAGUACAAUAGCAUUAUGCAAUUCAUAUAGUCAACUCUACCUAGUGGGAUGUGGCUUCUUGUUGUUUGUUGUUGUUGAACAGAAUACAACCCUCUGGACGCAUGGAAGAGUCUUGCGGUCGUGUAACACAGAUCCACGACCCUACUCCAAUCCAUGUCCUCAAAUGUGCUCCAAGCUUGCUUGUCAUAAUGAAUGGAAUUGCCAACACAUGAAUGGGUUUUCGGAUCUGUUCUUGUUUUGUUUUGUUUUUUUUUUUUUGCCUUUUGGUUUUGCUUGUUUUUUAGCGAUCUCACAGAUUCUUGUCGUCUUUACUCUGCUAAUUCAGGAAAUAACAGUGUACUUUUGGCUACUAUGACAUGUAAAACUGAAAGGACAGUUUGAGGGGGCAUUAUUUUUCUAGUUUCAGAAGUACUGCUUGACUGAUCUGUUUUGAUCCAUGUUCCCUUUGGUGUGGGCCUUUCAAGUUUUAUGUUGAACGAAUUUGGUUUUCUGAAAGGAUAUCACACAAGUGUGAGUGCGCCUCAUCUUUCUAGUCCCAGAAUGAUUGCUGGAUGAUCAGUUUGAUCCAUGUUAACUUUAGUUGGAAGUUUGCUUUUUUUUCACGUGGUCGUCCAGAAUACCUUCAAGAUUCAGAUAUAAUUUCAAUUCAAUUUCAGAAAAGAGAUAUCUAUGGUGAUUGGGAGCAGCAAUAUCUUGGAUUGGAGCACACUGACCAUACUGCCCCGAAAAGGUUCUUUGCAACCAACCAGAAUCGUCAUACGUACGAGAAGUCAGUAAAAAUCUACAACUAGAAAAUUCUGAGCCAUCUGGUUCAAGGCAUUAUAUGAUGAUAUGCCGAAGGCAUUCGCGGCUUUCUGAAGGUAGUAGGAAAAGAAUCAUAGAGAAGCUGUCAAUGUUGUUACGAGUGGUUCUGUCUAUACAUAUCCGUAAGUCUUCAGCUGGGGGAGAUAGCCUUGAAGCGAUUUGAACUAAAUUUCUCUGGAGCACUCCUCUGUGGGGAUCAGGAAAAUUGUAUAGUGGCUAUAGGUAAAGUUAUAUUCAUUUGUUUCAGGAAAAUUGUAUAGUGGCUCUGGGUAUAUUCUAUCCGAUGGGGUUAUGCAUAUUGUUUUUGCAGGGUCAUCUAAGUUUUACCCCUUCCCGCCAUAUUUUUGUUUUGUUGUUAGACGCAAAAUGAGUUGUUAAUAGUAACAUUAGU